AUGGUAAGACUUUCAAAAUCCACUAAAUUAAAAACAAAACACAUUUCUAAAAAAAAAGCUCCAAAACUACGUAAAAUUAAAGAUAGUGAACGAAGAUUAGGCAACAAAAGACCCAAAAGAUUAAGAAGAUCUUCACUAAUUGAUGCACAGAAAAACUUUGCAGUAUUUGGUAGGGAUGACGAACAUUAUAACAAAUAUGAGAACUUACAACUAGAUCUUAGUGACUCUGAGGAAACACUUAAAGCUUUCAAAGAUAACUCGUUAGAUCAUAACAUCUUCGAGGAUAUACCAGUAGUAGAAACUAUAACAUCAUCUGAUGAAGAAUCAAGCAAUCAAGAUAUACAAGCCCAUGAACAAAAUAAAGCUUUUUCGUUGAACCAACUAGAAAACAAUGAAGAUUUUAUUGCAUUUGAUUCUAGUUCAGAAGGUGAAGAUAACAAAAUAGCCCAUGAUGAAAGCGAUACAGAUAUUAAUAUUCCCACUUCCAAUGCCAUAGAAUCAGAUAAUGAGUCAUGUGAGACUAAUGGCAGAGGUCAAAAUAGAAUAUCACAUGCAGAACAUCCAUGGUUAUUACAGCAUGACCAUUCCAAACAAAACGAGGUAUCUGAUUUAUUAACAGAAGAAAUUAAGGAUUUUGUUGCAUAUAUAUCACCAAGUCGGGAAGAAAUCGAAUUAAGGAAUCAAACUAUCGGUAAAAUACGUAAAGCAGUAAAAAAGCUGUGGAAAAACUCCGAUUUAUAUGUCUUUGGUUCCUAUGCUACGGAUUUAUACUUACCAGGUUCUGAUAUCGAUUGUGUUAUUAUUAGUUCUGCUGGAGAUAAGGAAAAUAGGCAUUCGUUGUAUCAACUUUCAAGUUGGUUGAAGCAGAAUAAAUUAGCCACUAAGGUUGAAGUAAUUGCUAAAGCUCGUGUACCGAUUAUUAAAUUUGUUGAGCCUUCUUCGAAUAUUCAUAUAGAUGUCUCAUUCGAAAGGAGCAAUGGACUUGAAGCUGCUAAAACGAUAAGGGAUUGGCUAAAUUCUACCCCGGGAUUACGAGAAUUGGUUUUGAUUAUAAAACAAUUUUUAAAUUCAAGACGUUUAAAUGACGUUCAUUUAGGAGGGUUAGGUGGUUUAAGUAUUAUAUGCAUGGUGUACUCUUUCUUAUCGUUGCACCCUAGAAUAUUAACAAAUGACAUCGAUCCAUUGGAUAAUUUAGGAGUUUUAUUGUUGGACUUUUUUGAGUUGUAUGGGAAAAAUUUUGCUUAUGAUGAUGUAGCAUUAAGUUUUCAAGAUGGUCGGGCAGCUUACAUGCCAAAGAAGCAAUGGAGAGAUAUUUUGCCAGUGCGAACUACGUAUGCAUUGGCAAUUCAAGAUCCAAAUGAUCCAACAAAUAAUAUUAGCAGAAGUUCUUAUAACUUGCGAGACAUUAGAAGGGCAUUCACAGGUGCCUUUGAUAUGAUAACAAACAAAUGUUUCGAAAUGGAUGCUGCUACUUUCAAAGAUAGAGUUGGACAAACUAUAUUGGGUAACGUGAUUAAAUAUCGUGGUAGAGGGCGAAACUUUAGAGAUGAUAGAGAGUUAGUGGUAAAUAAUGCAAUUAUAGAGAAUGAAGCAUAUCAUCGGAAACGAAGUAGGAUUGUUCAUACUCAUAUUGUGGAUUCAGAUUCAGAUGAAGAGAUUCAUAUUUCUGACGAUGAUGUUUUUAUUCAACCCAGUAGUGAGGAGGAAAUUGAUUUAAAAGAUGAGAAGGAGUUAUAUAACAUUAUAUAUUCUCCUUUAAAGAAACCAGAUGUACCAGUGCAAAAAAAGGUUAUGAAAUUAAACGAUGCUAAAACGGUUAAAAAAGAGCAUCCGACAAAGAAACUCAACAGUUCCGGAAGGCAGAGAAAGAAUCCAAGUAUUAAUGUUGAUGAAAUGAUGGGUCUUAACGCCGAAGAUGAUAGUGAUGAUUCCAAUGAUAGUAUAACUAUGUUGGAGCAUAUUAAAAUAAGUGAUGAAGAAAGCAGUGAUAAUACAACUCCUGAAGUACCUAUUACUCCAAGAACAGAAGAAGUAGAUGUAUCGAGUAAAACUACUGUUAAUGCUCAAACGCGAAGAGAAUAUUGGUUAAGUAAGGGUCAAGUAGCCUCACCACAGGUUGUGGAAGACAUAUUUUAG